UUGCCUCCACGGCCAGUGAUGCUGGCAUUGCAGCACGGGCGCUUGCCUGCAUUGCCGAGGUCCUGGGCUGCAUGGCGCGAGGGGAAGGGGGCUUGCGGAGCGGGCCUGCUGCCAACAGGGAGUGGGCCUCGGCUUUCGGGCGCCUGGAGAGCGGGGACAUUGCCGGUGGUGUCUGGGAGCUGGCCGCCGAGCGGCAGAAGUGGAUGAGCAGGCCGGCUCUGCUGGUGAGAGCGGCUCGGCAUUACGAGGGGGCCGAGCAGAUCCUUGUCCGGCAGGCAGUGAUGUCCUCAUGCCAGUUCGUCACCGUGGGGCAGGCGGAGCUGCCACCCUUGGGGCACUGGGUGCAGGUGGUGUGUCCGGCCCGCCUGGACCUUUCUGGGGAAGAGAAGUCAGGGUGCCACGGGGAGCUGACGCCGGAGCUGCGCCUGGCCAGCCUCAGCGGGACGACACGGAGCGAGGCAGCGGUGGAGCUGGUGUGCCGGGAGCUGGAGCACUUGCAGGAUUACUGCCAGCCGCACGCACCAGGAGCCUUGCUCAAAGCUGCCUUCAUCUGCACCCAGGUCGUGCAGUUCACCUCACAGAAACCCUUGCGGGCCCAGCUGAUGGAGAGCUUUGGGGGUGGGUUUGAGGUGCACACCUGGUCCAAGCUGCCUCAUGGGUCUGGCCUAGGCACCAGCAGCAUCCUGGCAGGAGCGGUGAUGGCGUCGCUGUACCGGGUGGCUGGGAAGGCUGCCAGCACCAAGUCCCUCAUCCAUGCUGUGCUGCACCUGGAGCAGAGGCUCACAACAGGCGGCGGUUGGCAGGACCAGGUGGGCGGGCUCGUGCCUGGCAUCAAAAUCGGGAGGUCGAAGGCCCAGCUGCCACUCAGGGUGGAGGUGGAGAAGAUCCCAGUCCCUGACGGUUUUACCCAGACCCUCAACGAUCACUUGCUGCUGGUGUACACAGGGAAGACUCGCCUGGCCCGCAACCUGCUCCAGGACGUGGUGAGGAACUGGUAUGCCAGGCUGCCUUCCGCUGUGCAAAACACCGAUGCGCUGGUGAGCAACGCUGAGGAAUGUGCCCAGGCCUUGAAGCAAGGUAACCUGCCGCUCAUUGGCAAGUGUCUGGACCGCUACUGGCAGCAAAAGAAAUGCAUGGCCCCUGGGUGUGAGCCGCUGGCUGUUGGGCGCAUGAUGGACGCUCUCCGGCCCUACGUCUAUGGGCAGUGCUUGGCUGGGGCUGGCGGCGGCGGCUUCCUUUACGUCUUAACCAAAGCCCCUCGGCAGAAAGAGGCUUUGCACCAAAUUCUGGCAAAAACCGAGGGACUGGGCAACUUCAGCAUCCACAGCAUCCAAGUAGACACAGGCGGCUUCUCUGUGGAGGUUCUGGGACGUGAUGUGAAGGAUGUGGCUCACCCCAGAGAGGACAUGGCUGCGUGA